GGAAAGUUGUUUUCUUGUUUAAAAUAUGAAAACUUUUACUGGUAAAAUUUAUGAAAAUCUCCUUACUAACUGAUUUAAAAGUCUUAACUUUUAAUACGACUGUAGAAUUUCUUUCAUUUUGACGUUCUCGUGUAACCGUGUACGACUAAGUUCCAAAUGUAAACAAACACUUUGGUGGAUCCGGUGGUGCUGGUGAUUCUAGGCAGCAGCCAGGAAUCGGACGCGGAAACCUUCGUGAGCCAAACAGCAGCAGCGGAACGCCUUCAAAGGAGGGUGGUGCGGGUGCGGGACGAGGUGAAGUGCUCAAAAAGGACAAGGCGAGCUUCCUGCAGGAACUGCAGCUGUUCCACGACCGGAAUGGAUAAGAAGAAAGCUUGGGUGUUUUGUAGGGCUUGUGAUUGAUUUUGUUUGUUUUUUUUUUAGGAUGGGAGGUAGGAAUGUGGAUUCGCACCGGUUGCAUUCGGAGGUGGUGGCCCGGGAUUGGUGAUUGAAGGUCAAUUCCCGCGAGGACUGUACCGAGAUCAUCGAGGAGAUGGCGCUGCCGAAGAGUUGCGUGAACAACGAGAUUGCGUUGAAGAAGAUAAACAUCCGGUUUUUGGACAAGUACGAGACAGGUGAUUUUCACCGUGAGGAGAAGGAGCCGACGAAGAGGAGGACGUCGAGAAGCGGGAUAAUCGGAGGUAGCCAGAGUGGAUGUUGCACUCGGUGCCGGCGGUUUACAUUACCUGAGACAAAUAACCGUCCACAAAUGCUCAUCUCGCGACGGCGCAGCUCCAGCCGAAUGAACCCUGGACAGCGUGCCGAAAAAAUCUGUGUCAUUCUCGAAGGAGGAUGAAGUGCUCGAAAUCGAAUUCCGUUCCGAGGGCCUCAUCAACCCAAUCUUCCGGAUGCGCUUCCAGAAUCGGGAACUCCCCGUUAAGGCACUUCACUUUCAAGCCAGGAAACGUCGAUCACCCUUGCCGAAUCUACAGCCAACUUCUCCAAACCUGUCCUGAUGAAGGCCGGCAACGUGACCAUCCUGUUCUCUACUUUGCUGUCGCGCGUCGAAACGUCCGUCUGGAACCGUCCAGCUUGGGGUCUUCGGAAGUGACCGGUGGCGUUCCCUAAGAAUCGGUACAGCUUGGACUCGGAUUUUGGCCAGAAGCGUUAAAUACAAUAACAAAAUGUCUUAUUUAACAUACUGUUUAAAACUUUUAAAAAUAAAUAUAAAAUCAAGC